GAUCUCCCUGUGUGUGAUGCCCCCCGGUGGACGGUCGGUACAACAAACCCUGCAUGCUGUGCACAGUUAUGGCGCUUAAUAACAUAUUAUCCAGGCUCACAGCUGUAACCGUCAGAGGGAACUCUUUCCCGGCCGCCUUCGCCUCGUUGAGCUCCGGCUGCGGUUUAACGGUGCAACACGACCGACAGAACCGGCGCUUCACCGUCACUCCGGGCAGCGGGGCUGGGGUCCAUGACUGUGCGGUCCUUCACUACAGAUUCACCGGCCACAAAGAGGUGGAUCUAAUGUCGACCUAUGUGCCGGAGACAUUCAGGGGUCAAGGUGUCGCUGCACUGCUGUCACAGGCUGCCAUUGACUUUCUGGUUGAAGAAGAACUCAAGGCUCACGUCUCCUGUUGGUAUAUAAAGAAAUACAUCGAGGAGCGCCCACUGCAGCGUUACAAAGACCUCGUUAUCAAGUGACUGUCCAGUACGACCUGAUAUAUUACCUCAAAUCAACAAAAACCUCGUGUACGUUAAUGUGGGGCCAAAUGCAGGAUGGAUCUGCAACAACGUGGUUAUAAAUAAUUAAUAAAAAUAUAUUUUUUAUAUGUAAUUGUGCUUUUUAAAUCUGUAGUUGGAGUAUUAUUUAUUAAUUACACAAAUGAUGACACAGUGACAUUGAAAUAUUACUAAAAGUGUAAUGUUUGGAUGUU